AAUAGUACAAACAUAACCUAUCAAAUUUGACGUUUAAUAUUGUUUAAUGUUAUUAAAAAGGAUGGUUCAUUAUAAAUGUAGAAAUAAUAAAUAUCCUUUCACGGAUAUACAAAGGUUAAUAAUAAGCGAUGAUUUAGUUCCAUGGAACGUCGAAAAUAAGAAUUAUAACCCCCCGGAAUAUACAUCAAAAUCGUUAGAAAAUAAACCUUACGCAGAUAAAAACAUAACCGAUCCAAGUUUUAACCCGAAAUGGAACGAAUUAGAUGGUUCAAUAAACCGGCAAAGCCACGAGGGAGCUUAUAAAAUAAUAAAUAAUGUUCCUUUAAAUUUAAGGGGGCGCACCGGAUUGAGUGGACGAGGUUAUUUGGGAAGAUGGGGUCCAAAUCACGCCGCAGAUCCGAUUGUAACUCGUUGGAAAGUUAACAAUGGAGAAAUUAUAAAGAAUCUUAUAACAAUGUUGCCUAUAUUACAAUUUUGCGCCAUUCAAAGAAAAGAUAAUAACGAAUGGGCUAUCCCAGGGGGGAUGGUUGAUCCUGGAGAAAAUGUUAGUGAGACAUUAAAACGAGAAUUCAUGGAGGAAGCUUUGAGCUCAUUGGAGUUACCUCAAGACGAUUUAAUAAAAGAAAAAGAAAAAAUUAGUCAAUUUUUUAAACAAGGAGUUGAAAUUUAUAAAGGUUACGUCGAUGAUCCAAGGAAUACAGAUAAUGCUUGGAUUGAAACGGUUGCUUUUAAUUUCCAUGAUGAAUCCGGUGACGCGGUUGGGAGGCUUUCAUUAAAAGCGGGGGAUGAUGCCAAAAAUGUGAAAUGGAUGGAUAUUGAUAAAAAUUUGGAAUUGUAUGCGAGCCAUGAAGAAUUUAUAAAAAAAGUUGUUGAAUUAAGGAAAUGUCAUUGGUAAUUGGGUUGCCUCUAUUUCAUUAAAUAAAAACAUUUUUUAUUUUCGUAAA